CAGGCGUUGACAGCUUUACACGGGUGGGAUGCAUGGCUUCGGAAUCCGGUGCGUGACGCAAAGCUCGGUGCUGGCUGUCGAGUGCAGGCAUUUCGCACCGGGAAGUGGAACCGGUGUCGGCGGUAGGAUCAGCGAAGAAAUCGAGGGGAAGAGGGCAGUCGCCCCGGCAGUGGACGCAGGCCGUCCUGCAUCAUCGUCCUUUGGGACCACCACACAGGCCAGGCGCUGUUUCUCAGAGCAGCCAUUAGCAGAAGACCGCGAAGGUGCUAGAGCGGCAACAGUUCAUGUGCCACUGAUGGGUGGUUCCUACGCUCGGACUCUUGCGCCUCGUAGUCACUCUCGACCGCCUUUUCCGCUAACGCGUGGCGGCGCACCUAGGCAGUUUCUCGAAUCCGAACUUGAUUAUAAGCCGUACCGCAUGCGACAAACGUUGUGACGCGCGAGACAGCUCUUACAGCAGAACUGCAGCUGCUGCAGGACAUGAAUCGCUGCACGCGCAUGUGCCAAAUCCCUAACGCGAGAUCACCGAAGUGCUGCUUUCCAAUAUGGCAGUACGUACUGUGGAACUGUUUUAUCGGCUGCUUCUCAGGGAGUGUUGCGCUCUCCACUUGGCGCAGCUGCCUGCUGCUCCUGCGUACUCAAUUCCCGUCCCGUUUGGUGCCCUCAGUGGUGUCGAUCUACGUGUCUCUGCGAGCAACACGGUGGAGUCAGUCCAAGCCACUCAGAAGGUUUUUUGUGGUGGAAUGUGUUCUUUCUUCCCUUCAAAUCCUCUUUGCAAAACGCAAACAGUAGAACGACGGCCAGCUUAUUAGCGCUUGGCUGUGUGUAGCUACGUCCGACAUAACAGCAGCGUGCAGGAAAGCGCUGCUCCCCUUGUCACUCAUACCGAUUUCGGUGCAAAUCGCUAAACCGUUCAUUAUUUCCUACAAUGCAAGACUCUUUUGCAGUAGCAAGCAUCGGCGUGUUGUCGAUAGAUCUUAUUCCGUAUAUGGUCCAGAACAAGGGUAUGCCCUUUGAUACUUUUCGCCGUCUACGCGACAAGCUACUGCGAAGCAACAUCUAUGAAAGACGUACUGCUGAGGUUAUUGCGAAACAACUAGAAGCGGGCUCUCUGCGGCCAUUUUGUAAGAGUCUCAUUUGGUCGUCCGUUCAUUGACGAGUUGUCUGACAGAGGGGAACAGCGAGGCUCAACAGCAGCCGCCGUCGAAGAAAAUACUUUGUAUGCCGACGCACUUUUACGAGUUACACGGGCGAACGAGAGAUAAGCACAUUUUCCCGUCCCUACUACCGUGUUUGCGUUUCUGUUGCCACGGUCUACAUAGGCAGGAUGUCUUCUCGCGGGAAGGGGGACGUAUUCUCUUCGCCAGGUUCCGAAGCUGCUGUUUCUCUGGAUUUGGCACACGGUAAUCAGGCGAGCCGAAACCUGCCGGCGUCCUCGACGCCCACACCAAAUGGUCGGUCAAGCGCGCCGGCGUCACAUUCAGCAGCGGCUGCACUGCUUGCCUCACAGGUCUUUCCACAGAAACUCAAUCAAUGUGUAGAUGCCGCUUGCCGCGACCGGAUCUUAAAAGACGAUGCGCCACAGGAUGAGGACGACGACCCUCCUGAUCGCAUGUCAAUUGGACGCGCUGCGUGGAGUUUCCUACACUCUUCCGCAGCGACUUGGAAAGACGACCCGGCUACGGCAGAUCAGCAUAGGAGAGGAGAAUGGUUGAAGUCCUUCUUCGCUCUUUUUCCGUGCGUUCAUUGCCGCACGCACUUCGCGCCCUACCUGCAGACACAUCCCCCAGUCGUCUCAGGCGGACGAACGUCACUCUCGGUGUGGACGUGCGAGGCUCACAAUCAUGUGAAUGAAUCUUUACAAAGACCAGCCUUUCCGUGUGAUGCCGCCCAGCUCAUUCGCCAAUGGAAAGCCGUCCAGUGGUCAGAAGAUGAUGACUGAUACUCAAGAUAGCGAAAGAGGUUAUUCUGGUGUCAUUUUCGUCGGGAGUCGUGGUCGGGACAGACCGUGUCGUUGUUUCACGAAUCACUGAUAACAGGCGAACGUCCGUACUGACAAAAAAGUCCCUCUGACUUCUCGUGGAAAACAGUGGUUUCCUCCCGUAUGUCUCUUCCUGGUGAUAGAGCCGGCCAGAGUCGCUGAUUUCUCAACCGAGAAUGGUGUAUUCUCCCUGUUGUAUGCUUCCAGUUCAAAGUGAUCUUGAAGUGUCCCGCGGUGCGUCAUAUUGUCGUUCGAGACAAAGAAAUGCAGGGACGUCACGUAGGGACGGCGUAACAGUGGAUUCACCCUGUCUUCUGGCAUUCCACUUCUCUUGCCUGUUCAUUCCUUUUUGCAUCCUGUAUUAACCAUGGAGUGCGCGAUGCUCGUUCUGUCUUUCGACCAAAACUUCACGGUUUGGAGGAUAAGCAAAGAAAGGCAACGACAAAGAUGAAAAGUCCCUGCUAUUAGGUCCCCAUCAUGCUGUCCCGUUUGCCCUGUAUGGAACCGUGUUCCACGCUGUCCCAGUACUGCUCCGAUGAACCACUUCUUUUCGAACUAUCAGCGAAACGAGGAAAGCGUGAGGUAAGUAAAUCCGAAUUCGCAGUGAAAGCUGGCAUGCCGUGGGUUCGCUUCAUGUUGUGCUAUCCAACGAUCCGUGUCUUCGCUCGCGACGCAGUAGUAGGCGCUGCUCUUGCGCAAAACGCCCACUGGUAGUUUCUGCGUGAAAAGAGCUGUAGUGCACAUGUUCCUUCACUUGGCACAGAACCAUUUGCUGUGAAUAGGAUAAUUUACUUGUUCAGCAGAGGAUGCUUUUGAUUCUCCGACUCAAGCGACACGGCCGGGGGAGACCGCACGCAGUGAGACGAGCAUAGGGGGAAACAUCACGUCAACGAACUGAGAAUAGAACUAGAAAGUAUGCUACGGAGAAAAAGAGAAGACGGGGGACGAAACAACGCAGCAUUUUUGUUACAGGUCGCCCCAGGCAAACAUGCCUGUGAAACUCACCUGAAUCCUCCCACAAAAACACCGUGUCCUUUGUCACACGGUCUCUCAUAUGAUUUGUUCAAAGACGAACUUCUGUAACUGGGACAAAAUUGACAAGGAUGCAAAACUACGUUUUCAGUUGGCCUGCAGAGGCAAAAACGGAUCAAACAGAUAUUUCAUCAGAUGUUUACGACCAAUGUGCACAUGUAUGUACAAGAAUUCACACGUGCAGACAGACCGG